AUGGAAUUUGACGUUCAAGAGUUAAGUCAGUCCAUUGGGUGUGAUCCUACUUGUAUGCUUUCCAAUUCUGUUCUCAAUCAGUCUAUAAUAGGUGAUCCUCUGGGAAAACUGUUGCAGUUGUGUGGUCAGACGCACGUCAAGUCCUUUGGUGAAUAUUUUGAGCAUACUGUAGUAGAAAGCGUGGUGAAAAUUGGUGAAGGGGUCUACGGCGAAGUCUUUCGAAUUCCUAAAGGUAAUGUGGUCAAGAUUUUCCCUGUAGGUGGGGAGCAGCCAGUCAACGGUGAAAAACAAAUGAGUUAUGGAGAUGUUUACCCUGAAGUAUUUGUAUCACGGAAGUUGAGCGAGCUUUCAUACAAGUGUCGACGCAACCGAUCCAUGAACUUCGUACAGAUUAAGAAAGCAACUGUUGUUCAAGGAAAACUUCCUAAAGCUUUGGUCGCAAGUUGGCAUAAGUAUGAAAAUGAACGAGGAUCAGACAACGAAUGUCCUGACUUCCUACCUAUUGAACAGCAAUGGAUGGUUCUAGAGUCUGAAUUUGCUGGUGAGCCACUAGCGAACAUAAAAUUCAACAAUUGUCGUGAGGCACGUUCUGUAAUUGAACAAAUAGCACUGUCUCUAGCUGCUGCAGAAUCGGCCCUUCAAUUUGAGCACCGAGAUUUACACUGGCAUAAUGUAUUAGUACGCCCAACUCGACAGUGGAAAAUACGUUAUCGUGUAGGGGGAGUGGGUUAUGCUGUUAUGACGGAAGGGAUACAAGUUACAAUUAUUGAUUUCACAGUAUCUCGCCUUUGCCAUGAAGGUAAUAUUGUUUAUGUUGACAUGUCGGAGUCUCCGGAAAUUUUCGAGUGUGAAGGUGAUUACCAAUUUGAUAUCUACCGCAUAAUGCGUGACAUAAAUCGAAACGAUUGGCGUCCUUUCCAUCCAGUAUCCAACCUUUAUUGGCUCCAUUAUCUCAUGGGUAAACUUCUGAAUGAAACUUCAUAUCCAAGACGGAUCCUGAUUCACAGCCUGUUGAGUCUGAACUGCGUGCAUUAUAUGAUACUAUACUCAAAAGUGAUUACAGGUCAGCCACACAACUUGUGA